UCCGACCACCACCACCACAAUUUCUACGAAUCCCCUCACCAAUUCGCAGAGAUGUCGUCCACCAAGAAGACCACCAAGACAGGCCGCUCCGCCAUCCAGGACGUGGUCGCUCGCGAGUACACUAUCCACCUCCACAAGAGGCUGCACGGUGUCACCUUCAAGAAGAGAGCUCCCCGCGCCAUCAAGGAGAUCAAGGACUUCGCCACUAAGUCGAUGGGCACCUCCGAUGUCCGCCUCGACCCCCAGCUGAACAAGAAGGUGUGGGAGCAGGGUGUCAAGGGCUGCCCAUACAGACUCCGCGUCCGCAUCUCUCGGCGCAGAAACGAUGAGGAGGGUGCCAAGGAGAAGCUGUACAGCUACGUCCAGGCCGUCAACGUCAAGAACCCCAAGGGCCUGGUCACCCAGGUCGUUGAGGAGUAAACACGUCUGUGUUUCUGAUGAUGACGGGCGCGUUGGAUGAUGGGUAACCCCGCUAGGUUGGCGCAGCUGUGUGCGGCGGCGCUUCUCCCCGCGGGCGAAACGACGGGACGGCAAUCCUUUGGUGUUUUUCUUGAGGGUGUGAGGGUCGGUCGAUGACACUCAAAACUGGUUCCCUUGUCUGGUCAUGGUGGCAAUUGGGCUUUCCGGAGUUUUUUUCGACGGCGUCUAGCUUCGCAUUAUCGAGACCACAUAGGUCACAUGAGGAAGCAGCAAAAAAUGGGAAAAGAACAUUCAAGAC